AUGGCUGGUGAACCUGGAACGGGAGUGACAGCAAAUGGAUUGUCACCUCAAAAGACCGACGACGACGUACUCCCACUUAAGAUACUGAUCGUUGGCGCAGGUAUCGCAGGGCUCACUGCAGCAGUUGGCCUAAGACAACAAGGCCACCAUGUACAGGUUUUUGAGCAGUCGCAACUUGCAGAAGAAGCGGGCGCUGCAAUACACAUGUCUCCCAAUGCUAACGGGAUCUUGCUUUCGUUAGGAGUCAAUGUUGAGGAGCGCGGAGCCACUAAAUUGCUCCAGACGAGGUAUCAUAAUGCCUAUGGAACCUUGUUGUCUCGCGAUGACAAUGAAGCCAAUAGUAUCAGGUGGCAGGAUAGUUGGCUUCAAGCGCACAGAGGCCACCUCCAUGCGCAGUUGAAAGAUAAGGCAACAUCACACCAGCACGAGGGUCCAGUAGUCGUCCUCCAUACUGCAUCUCGAGUAAUAGGACUUGAUGCAAAAUAUGCAAGAAUCACUCUUGAAAAUGGAGAUGAGGUGCAAGGGGAUGCUAUUAUAGGUGCAGAUGGCGUUCGGUCUGUCACUCGCCGAGCUGUUACUGGACCGGCGUUUGACAGCUUCCCAAUUGGCAAGAGUGCGUUCCGAUUUAUGGUUCCUCGAGAAGCAAUUCUUGCAGACCCUGAGACAAGCUCACUAGGGAAAGAUCUCGGCUCGAUGGACAUGUACUUCACCGAGCAGCAUAGGGUUAUAAUAUACCCUUGCGUUAACAAUACUCUACUCAAUAUUGUCUGCAUUCAUCCAUCACAUCAAUCCAAUGCUUCGACUGAGACAUACAACACCGACGUGUCCAAGGAAAAGGUCCUCGAGAUUUUCCAAGAGUUUAAUCCAACGCUAUUAAAAGUCUUCAACAAGUGUGACACUGAUUCACUGAAGGUCUAUCCGUUAUUUGAUGCCCCCACAAUGCCAACAUUCAUCAAAGACCGUUUGGCACUCAUCGGUGACGCUGCACAUGCAUUUACACCAUUCAUCGGACAAGGAGGGGCUACAGCAAUCGAAGACUCCGUCUCCUUAGGCGUAAUUCUUUCCAGAGGUACCACUGUGCAUGAAAUCCCCGAGAGACUAGAGCUAUACAACCGAACUCGCCAUGAACGUGCUACAACAAUCCAGGGAUACAGUCGCAGUUCAACGGGUGAUGGAGUUAGACCUGGGGAAGAGAAGGAGGCCAGAAUGAAAGGUCGGGAAAGGGCCUUCUACGCUCUCAGCCACAACGAGUUCCAUAACUCCACUCAAGCGCUCCGGGAAUACAAGUGGUCAAAGAUCAAGGGAGCAAUCUGGCGCCAACCUACUGCUUUCGGCCCGAUGGCGGGUGUUUCUGGACUCGAAACGAAUUAUACCAGCAAGAUGGCAAAAACUUUGAAUAUCAACAUCAGAUUUAUGACUAGUGGGACGUUAUUGCGUAAUUUGUUUCCCACAAAGUCGUAUAGUUUUGCAGCAACUGAUACCGUGGUGAUGGCGAGCUUCCAUUUCCAGAGUCGGGCAAACGUGGAAUUACUUGCAAACCAGGGGUUUGAAAGGCUGACAUUUGCGAUCCACGGAGUCAACUACACGAAAAAGGACGGAUCGGUUGUUCCCGGCAAAUUUGUUCCUGUCGUCUUUGAGAACUGUGCCGAUGUGAUCACUGCCAGCCGCGAAGAGUUAGGAUAUCCUAGCAUUUUCUCUGACAUAAACCUGAAAAGCCCUCAGGAAAACUCGCUCGAAGUCUCGCUUUCCUGGCGAGGAGUCCAGUGGGCACGACUUCGUGCUGAAAAUCUUGUGAAAAGCACUGAAUUCGGGCAUAUGGGUGAAAACAUACUGGUUCACCGAAGCUUACCUAAGAUCACGGACGAGAUGACCACAAGCCGUUUUGACCUUGAGCAGGAUAUUCUGAUUGCAGAAUCUGUCGUGGACAGAAGCAGCAAUACCAACGGAUGUGUCAUAUUGAAUGACUAUCAAAAUGUUCGAAAAUCCUGCCAGGCUGGUAUUGACAUCACGGCCAAAGACCCAGAGGAACUACCCACGUUGCACCACAUCGUCAAUCGGCUAGCUGAGCUGCCCAUUUUCAGUAUUGUAAGUGUGACUAGGUGGGAGGAAGAUGGCAUCAAGAGCGUUCUAAAAGCAUCAAAGAUUGGGUAA